AUGGCUGAUGCCACGCGGGGGAAAAUUCCUAUCCUGCUUCUAAAGACGAAGUCGGCCCCCACCGAUGCUUAUGAGGAGUUCUUUUCCAGCUUCGAUGAUGGCCGCUACAAGCCAGUGUUCGUGCCAGUCCUGGCACACCGCUUUCAGCAGGACGCUCUGGACCAGGUACGAAACUAUAUUACAGGUCAGGGCUUUGUUCCUGGUGUCGAUGGUGGGCUGCAAAAGUAUGGCGCCCUCAUCUUCACCUCCCAACGUGCCGUCGAGGCCUUCACCCAGGUCGUGGAGGACAUUCGAAGUGUCAGCUCUUAUUCCUUGGAUGAACUUCUGCCGGAAAGCAUUCCACUUUACGCUGUGGGCCCUGCUACCGCACGCGGUCUUAGGGCACUAAAGUUGCCAUGCCCCAUCCUAGGCGAAGAGACCGGCAACGGAGAUGCUCUUUCGUCGUUCAUCCUUGAGCAUUAUAACAGCUUGCACCUUGGCUCCACAAAACCAGCAAUCCUGUUUCUGGUGGGCGACAAGAGAAGGGACAUAAUUCCAAAGACGCUCCAAUCAGAUAGCCUCCCACCGGAGAGACGGUCGGAGGUCGACGAGCUUGUUACAUAUGACACCGGAGAAAUGCAGUCUUUCAAAUCUGACUUCUCGGCUCUCUGGGCGAAGAACAGGGAUAGUGGAGCAGGCCGCCAAUGGGUGGUUGUCUUUUCCCCAACUGGGUGCAGAGCUAUGUUAGAAAGCUUAGACUUGCUGGACAGGGAAACUGGACAAGCUAAGACCGAUACCGCUCCUAGAGAUAUUCUGAUUGCGACGAUUGGGCCUACGACGCGCGAUUACCUGAACCGCGAGUUUGCUUUCUUGCCUGACGUUUGCGCCGAAACCCCAACCCCAGAGGGCGUUGGAAAUGGCAUCGAAAUGAGAAGGCGGCAGCUGGAACAAAGAGAAAGCCCAAGAACACUUCGUCGCCAGAUUCGAAAAGCGGAAGAAAAGCUGUCCGAAAGAAGCAAGCGGCCAUUGAAGAGGACGAUCACAGGCGAUGAGGGCAAACAUGUAACAGCAAGCGUUGAAAUGACAGAGGAUUCAGUAAAUAGCAAAGACCCCGGAGAAGAAGAUUCCGAAUACGUGACAGAUGGUGGUGUUAGUGAAACCGAGGUGCAGAAUGAGGGAAUCGACAAUCCAGAGAAGCCUUCUAACGAAGCAAGCAAGGGUGGGGCGAAUGGAAACGGAGUAGUAGAGGAGACGUCUUCUCGCGAAAAGAAGACCGCCUCUAAUAUUAUAGAGAAGGAGUUCAUAUACUUCUUCACGCUUAACCGUGUUGGAAUUGAGCAGGCGCAGAGCGUUGGUAAUCUUCAACGUACAUACUUUGUCCUACGACCUUUGCCUGCUGGAGUCAAGUUGGGUGAUGGAGCCCUCCCGGAUCUGAAAAACAACCGUCUGUUCGCUCUGCCCAAGAAAGUCCUUCCAAGGAGUCGUAGUGAUCAGUUUAUGGCUUUUGUUAAAAAGGCAAAAACUACCAUCCAAGGCCUGAAGGGAAUUUUUUUUCCAAGGCUCAGAGGCGUCUAUGAUCUUAAGCGCACUGAGUAUCGGACCAUUCAUCUUGUCUACGCGACGAUUAUCCCAUCUAAGUUGGGCGAGGUUCAGCAGGAUCUAGACGUCCGUGCUCGAGGCAGUUUUAUCAUCAGUAAGGCUGUUGAACCUACCAUGAAGGACAAAAAGCACCAGAAGGAAACUCCUACUGAAGAGAUUGAACAGCUCAAGCAUGAGGAUGGGCUUCGGACUCAAAAUCUCCAUGGCGACGACUCUGUCUUUGACAAUCUUCAGAUAAACAAGAAGGAUUACCCCCAGGUUCCAACUACUUGGUAA